AUGGAUCCAGAAGAGCAGGAGCUGUUCAGGGACUACAGAUACAGAAAUUAUUCUUCAGUGAUUGAAAAAGCUUUGAGGAACUUUGAAUCUUCAAGCGAAUGGGCAGAUCUCAUAUCUUCACUUGGCAAACUCAAUAAGGCUCUUCAAAGUAACCUGAAGUACUCCCUCUUGCCAAGACGUCUGAUUAUCAGUAAGAGAUUAUCUCAGUGCUUACAUCCAGCUUUACCUAGUGGAGUGCAUUUAAAAGCACUAGAGACCUAUGAAAUCAUCUUUAAAAUUAUUGGGACAAAAUGGCUUGCCAAAGACUUAUUCCUCUACAGCUCUGGCUUGUUUCCCCUGCUAGCAAAUGCAGCAAUGUCAGUGAGGCCUAUUCUCCUCGGUUUGUAUGAGAAAUAUUUUCUUCCUCUGCAGAAGUCCCUCUUGCCAAGUCUUCAAGCCUUUGUAAUUGGACUGCUGCCUGGAUUGGAGGAGGGGUCGGAAAUUUAUGACAGAACAGAUGCUUUGCUUGUGAAGCUGUCUGUACUAACAGGCCAAGAAGUGUUCUAUGCUGCUAUCUGGGGGAGUGUUCUGGUCAGCCCUUCUAUAAGACUUCCUGCUUCUCUGUUUGUUGUGAGUCAUAUCAACAGAGAGUUGUCUGGAAAACAGCAGAAGUACAUGCUGGGAACUGAUUAUAAGCUCACAGUAAAAUCUUUGCGUGUAUCAGUAUUGGAUUCAAAUGUUCUUGUGCAAAGAAACACUUUGGAAGUGCUUCUCUUCUUUUUUCCAUUUUAUACAUCUUUGGACUACAAUGAAAGUGCUAUUCCACUGCUCAGGUCUGAUGUAGUCCAUAUUCUCUCAGCAGCUACACAAACACUCUUGAGGAGAGACAUGUCACUAAAUAGAAGAUUAUAUGCGUGGUUGCUAGGCUCUGAUAUUAAAGGUGGUACUUUUGCUUCAGAUUCUGCAGCUUUUGAAGAUCAUGCCCUCUAUUUUUUUGGAAAAUAUUCCAAAGAUCUUUUAGUUGAGGCUUUGAUUGAAAUAUUGCAUCAGAAGCUCUCAGAGGCUGCCUUAGAAGAUCAUGCAUAUCUGAAACCUUUCCGUAUCCUAAUUAGUCUCCUUGACAAACCUGAAAUAGGGCCACAAGUUGUUGGGGAUUUGUUCCUUGAAGUGAUUCGAGCCUUUUAUUCUUAUUGCAAGGAUGCCUUGGGUUCUGAUCUUAAACUUAGCUACAGUCAAAGUGGCAAUGUACUUACAAGUGCGAUCAAAGAGAAUAGAAGUGCCUCAGAAAUUGUUAAAACAGUCAACUUGUUGAUCACAUCCCUAAGUACAGAUUUUCUAUGGGAUUAUAUGACCAGAUGUUUUGAGGACUGCUUCAGGAAUAAAUCCAUGCAGACAAGAUACCCUACUGAGAAUGUCAGCACUCCUCCUACAAUCUCAGAGCUCUGCACACUACUGUUGUUCCUUCUUGAUAUGAUUCCUUUGGAACUUUACUCUGAAGUGCAGACUCAGUAUCUCCCACAGAUGCUCAGUUACAUGGUACAGUCUCUUCUGGAGAAUGUGGAGACUCUAAGUUUACCAGAACUCACUCAUGCUUUAAAGACCUGCUUCAAAGUGCUUAGCAAAGUACAAAUGCCUCCUGCCUACUUGGAUAAUGAGACCGGAAGUGAAAACUCGAGCCCAGUGAAACAAGAAAACAGUGAUAUAACUUUAGAAACCAAGCCUGCACUACAGGAUGAAGAUGACACUGCUUUCGCUCCCCUCAAGUCUGAAGACAGUGGCAUAGGUCUAAGUGCCUCAUCCCCAGAGCUCUCUCAACACUUAAGAUUGCCAAGAGUGACUCCUGAAAGGGAUGAUGUUUGGAAAAAUGGGGGGAGUAUUCAGAGGACUUUGCAUUGUAUCCAAGAGUUAGUUGAUAAGUUUGCCAGUAAAUACAUUUUUGGGGUGCAUUUACAAGAUCCAGGAAAUGGCAGAAUUUCGAUAGCAAACAUGAGCAGAGGAGAGAAGAAAGAAAAUAAUUACAGAGUCGCUGAAAAUGCUAGCAAGAAAAAGAACCCCUGGGAAGGAAAGCAAAUUACCGUACCGCAGUUUAAACAAAUGCUUUCAGACUUGUUCACAGUUCGAGGAUCACCAUUUAAACAGAAAAGUCUGGAGCCUCUCUCCCCUGCAAACCGUGACCUUGGUAGCAAAAAGGGAAAAGAAGAAUGGGACAUUGAGCAGGUAAUGCUUGAUUUGGGGGACAUGAAAGAAGACUGCAGAGAGGCCUUUGCUGCUGCUUGUCACCUUCUACUGGAUUGUACUACUUUCCCAGUCUACCUUUCUGAGGAAGAAACAGAACAAUUGUAUUUAUCUCUGUUUCAAGUUCCUGGAGGUUGUGAUACCAGCUUCCCUCUGUGGCUUAAAUCCCUAAUGACGAUAUGCUGCUGCGUAAAUGACUGCUACAUUCAGAAUGUGUCCAUCUCCACGCUGCUUGAAGUUAUCAACCAUUCUCAGUCACUGGCACUUGUGAUUGAAGACAGAAUGAAGCGGUAUAAAAUCUCUGGACACAACCCCUUCUUUGGGAGACUGCAGAUGGUCACAGUUCCUCCAAUUGCUCCUGGCGUUCUAAAGCUAAUAUCAGAGAAAACAGACUUCUAUCAGAGAGUCGCUCAAGUACUUUGGAAUCAGCUGAACAAAGAGACAAGGGAGCACCACAUUACCUGUGUGGAGCUGUUUUAUAGACUGCACUGCUUGGCUCCAUCAGCUAAUAUUUGUGAAGAUAUUAUUUGUCAUACGCUAUUGGAUCACGAUAAAGGGACAAGGCUGGAGGCACUUUUCAGAUUCUCUGUGAUAUGGCAUUUGACCAGAGAAAUCCAAGGCAGCAGAGUCACUUCCCACAAUCGAUCCUUUGACAGAUCUCUGUUUGUGGUACUGGACAGUCUAAAUUGUUCAGAUGGUGCAAUUGGUGCUGCAGCACAGGGUUGGCUGAUACGUGCUCUCUCGCUUAAUGAUGUUGCACGAAUUCUUGAGCCAGUACUACUGCUGCUUCUUCAUCCAAAGACACAGCGCACAUCCAUCCAUUGCAUCAAACAGAAGAAUUCAGCAGAAGACUUACAUCAUUGGUUUAGCAAGAAAAGUGCCUCUUUCAAAGAGUCAUUUGGAGCCUCUGAGCUACAUGAAAGCAGUUCUGAAGAAAACAUACCACUGAGCCAAUUUACAACCGUGGACAGGGAAGCUAUUUGGGCUGAAGUGGAAAUCGAUCCAGAGACAUCUCAGCUAAAAAAUGGACGGUCUGAAAAUGAACCAUCCCACUGUACAGAACGUCCACAGGAUCCCAGUGGUGAUCAUGAUAACAGUGAACACACAGAAUCGGCAGAUACCAGCACAGGACCUAAUGAUAGUGAAAAUACAUCAUCUUUUUCAACUUCUCUGGAUCCACAGGAAAUGAGCAAUGAGGAGAACUGUAGAGCUACAAUGGACUGCAGAGAAAACAUGAAGAAUGUUAGUUCAUCUAAUACUUUCCCUCUUCAUGGCUCCAAAUCCAGUCCUAUGUUAAAUCUUGUGCGUGCAGACUCUGAGAAAACUCAAGCAUCGGAAUCACUAUCAAGUGAUGAGGAGGUGGACUUGGAACUCCAAGCAAUUACAACUUCUAGGCUGCUCAAGCGGCAGAAAGAAAAACAAGAGAUGAUAGAGGCUCUGUUUAAACACAUUCUCUUGUAUUUUCAGCCUUACGAUUCCAAGAGGGUUUUGUAUGCUUUUUCUGUACUAGAGGCAGUACUCAAAACAAACCCUAAGGAAUUUAUUGAAGCUGUAGCCAGUACUAGCAUGGAUACAAGCUCUACAGCUCACUUAAAUCUCAUCUAUAAUCUUCUAGCCCGGCACCAGGAAACUCUUGUGGGACAGAGCUUUUAUGGUAAGCUUCAGACUCAGUCACCAACCAUGUGUCCCCAUUCUUUAUUAAUAGAAUUGCUGACUUACCUCUGUUUGAGUUUUCUGCGCUCUUACUAUCCAUGUUACUUGAAGGUAACCCACAGAGAUGUGCUUGGCAACAGAGAUGUCCAAGUCAAAAGUGUAGAAGUCUUGAUUAGAAUGAUGGCGCAGCUGGCCACAAUGGCAAAGUCAGCAGAAAACAAGAAUAUCGAGUUUAUACACAACUUGCUUGGAAGAUGCAAAAUUCAAGAGUUUGUUCUUCUUUCUUUGUCUGCUUCUAUGUAUACAAGUCAAAAACGGUAUGAACUGAUGACAUCUGAUAAAAUUACAAUAAAAAAUAAAAUUUUAGAUUUCUUGAAUCCACUGACGCCACAACUUGGAGUCCAGUUAAUAUCAGCAGUAGCAGCAGUGUGGAACAGCAAAAAAGCUCAUAAGAAUCAAAGUAAAAUAAAGAUUCUUCCAGUGGCUAGUGCAUCUCAGCUUAUUCUUGUGGACUUAGUGUGUGCACUUAACACUCUGAAGACUGACACUAUAUUACAGCUGGUAAAAGAAGUUGUCAAGAAACCAUCCCAAAUCAAAGGCGAAGAGAAAUCUUCUCUAGUGGAUAUCCCAGUGCUGAAAUUCAGCUAUGCUUUCAUUCAAAGACUUCCUGUCUCAGCCCUGCAGGAGAACUUUCAGUCAUUGUUAGGAGUGCUGAAGGAAUCUGUGCAAUUGAACUUGGCUCCCCCUGGAUAUUUCCUGCUUCUGAGUACUCUGAAUGACUUUGUGACCAGAACUCCUAACCUGGAAAAUAAAAAGGAUCAAAAAGACCUGCAGGAGGUGACCCAAAAAAUCUUGGAAGCUGUGGGGAAUGUUGCUGGUUCCUCCCUGGAACAGACUAGCUGGCUGAGCAGAAACCUGGAGGUGAAAGCCCAGCCUCAGAUCUCUUUAGUUGAAUCCAGUGCUGAAGAUGACUUGUAUGAUGCUUCACUAGUACCAUCUUCAAUGGUGUCUGCCUCUGCUCCCUCAAUAUACAGUGUUCAAGCUCUCUCUCUUCUUGCAGAAGUUCUUGCUUCUCUCCUGGACAUGGUUUACCGUAGUGAUGAAAAAGAGAAAGCCGUGCCAUUAAUUUCACGCCUGAUGUAUUACGUAUUUCCUUAUCUACGCAAUCACAGUGCCUACAAUGCCCCUAGCUUCCGUGCUGGUGCUCGAUUGCUCAGCUCCCUAAGUGGAUAUGCCUACACUAAACGAGCCUGGAAAAAAGAAGUUCUGGAGUUAUUUGUGGACCCAGCUUUCUUCCAAAUGGACACUUCAUGCAUUCAUUGGAGGUCCAUUAUAGAUCAUCUUCUAACACAUGAGAAAACUAUGUUUAAAGAUUUUAUGAGUAUGCAGAGCAGUUCUUUAAAAAUGUUCCCAAGUUUUGAGCAAAAAGCAAUGUUGUUAAAGCGGCAGGCUUUUGCUGUCUUUAGUGGAGAAAUCGAUCAGUAUCACCUUUACCUUCCAUUAAUACAAGAACGACUGACAGAUAACCUCCGUGUUGGACAGACUUCUAUAGUUGCUGCCCAGAUGUUUCUCUUUUUCAGAGUUCUGUUGCUAAGAAUUUCUCCUCAGCAUCUAACCUCACUGUGGCCAAUCAUGGUGACUGAAUUGAUUCAGACAUUUAUACAGCUGGAAGAAGACUUAGCUGAGGAAGAUGAACCAUCAAAGAGCAACAGCAAAGUAAGCAGACAGAAAACUUCAGCUUCAGCUGAUGGCAGUGGCCCCUUACUUUCAGACAUACAACAGAACGAGCUGUCCUUGUAUUUAUCAGCUUGUAAGUUCCUGGACACAGCGCUUUCUUUUCCACCUGACAAGAUGCAGUUAUUUCAAAUGUACAGAUGGGCCUUUGUUCCAGAAGUGGAGACAGAGACUUGUACCAUGACCUCUCAUCUAAUGGAAAAUCACCAAGAAUGUAAACCACAUAUCAUUAGAAUCAUGGACUCGUUAAAGCUGAAAUAUGGGGAAACAAACACUAAUGAGAGAACUUCAGAGAAAUGUGACUAUCCUCUUUUGAACCUUCGUUCUAUAUCCAGCAUCACACAGUUAAUGCCCUUCUUCAGGACCCUGAGCUGUGCAUUCAAAGCACAAGGUAACAGGUCCCAAAAUGCACAGAGUUCAGCAUCUCUGUCAGUGGAAUAUUCUCUUGGCAACAGCACAAGGAUCUUGAAACAACUAGAAGAAAGUGUUGAAUGUGACUUUUUGGAAAACCUGGAAAGUUAAGGCAAUUACAGGACAAUUCAUUUAUGUUGGUAUGAAUAGUGAAACCAAGCUACAACCUCAUUGUCAAAGAGAGAUUUGUUACUGGGGGUUUUUUGUUUUGUUUUUUGUUUGUUUGU